UGCAGGUUGGUCCCUGGUCAAUAGUCUCUACAUCACUGGGGAAGAGCACAGUGUGUAAACAGACAGCAGUUGUUGGCUCUUCACAAGGUCAGUAGUUGGGAAUUAGUUCCGGCAAGUCUGGAAGGCAGCUUAGGCUCAAGCAAUGGCAGAUGUUCAUCGGUAACUGGGAUCUCAUUGGGAGGCGGUCAGUCUGUCAGGGAACUGGGUUUUGAACUGUGUUUCUGGGAGAAGGAGGGGGUAACUGUUGGUGCUGCAGCAUGAAGAUGUGAAAGCUCUCUGCCUAACGGAAGUUCAGAGAAUAGAAACUAAGUGCUAAGUAUUACUGGCUUCCUCUGAGUGAGCUGAGAAAAUGACCCUGAUCAAUAUCUCCAGAAAAACAACUCCGGAACGAACAUCUACGUCUGAAGAACAAUGCAUCAUGGAAACCACUUCAAACUUCUGUGACGAGGAUGGGAGCCAGCCAACGGGUUUUGAUCUGGUCUGUCCCCCAGUGCAUGGUGGUCCCGUCUUCCGCUUUAACCACUAUGACCAGCGAUUUACUGAGAUGCCCACCUGGGCUGAUGUGCACGGCUGUCUCCAGAUACAGAUGUUCGACACUCAUCCCUAUGACACCACUGCUACCCACUCUUUCCGAAACGCGCUGGAAGGUAACAUCAACCCACAGGAUCCAUCACAGGGAAUAACCACUAUGCACAAUCUUGUCCACAGAUUCUGCGGUGGCACCUUGGAAUUUUCCAACAAGGCUGCAAAUGACCCACUCUUCCCUUCGCUGCAUGUCACUGUUGACAAGUGAGUAACACUGGAAAUGUGCUGCCAGAGCCAUGCUCACCCAUCAAGCCACUUGGCCCCCUCCCACAUUUGCUAAGAUCACGACUAAUUGGAUUGUAACCUUCUGCUUACCCCUGCUGACCUUUCACCCUUUCUUUAACCGUGCCUGAAAAAUACUCAAAAAUACUCGGGUAACUCUAACCCCUCCCCACCAAACCGCAAC